AUUUUUCUGCUGUGAUUAUUGGUAUAUAAUUUAUUUAUUUUUUUAACCAUGUAUUGAAAAAGCGUAAAAAAAAACCACCGUCUUAAGUAAAUGCAAGCAUGUACAAUUUAUUUUUCUCCCCCUCACACUUGUUGACUCUAUUGCACUUCCCAAGAGAUAAUGUGGUCCUUCAUUUUCUUCCUUGGUUGCAUUAUGACCACAUGGUUGCUCACAUCCAUAUAUUUAGUUGAGCCCGUGCUGGUAACAACUAAGUUGAGUAGUGCUUGUUAAAGGACGAGCCAGUGACGUCAGUAAAGACCCAACAGAUUCUCCACCAACACUUGUUAUCUUCACACUUUUCAUGGUAAGUGAUCAAUUUGCGUUUGGUGGUGUUAUGCUCUAAAAGGCCAAUCAAUGGUCGGUUGCCCUGUGGUGCUCAACGGCCCCUGCAGAUGACCCCGCUGGCGGCCACGGUGUUGGUGCUGAGCGGCGUGUGUGCGGUGCCUCUGUACGGCCAGGUGGACCCUCGGCAGGUGGACCCCCUGACGGUGCCCCGUGCAGACCCGCAGUGCUGGGACUCGGCGUCGGCUCGUCUCCUGGACAUGCGCUCGCCCAGGGUGGCCGACACUGUGGUCGCCUUCUGGGACCUGAUGGAGGUGCUACGGGCGUCGGACAACGGCAAGCACAAGACCCUCUUCUGGGACCUGGCGCGGGUCUUCUGGGAAAUCUACCUGGACUGCGUCAUGUCCAGGAGCCACGGCCUCGGACGGAGACACGUCACCAGCGUGCGCUCCCUCAGCACGGACAAGUUGUUCAAGUUCAACAGCUCAGGCGCAAACUGCAGUUUGUGGCUCAGUUUCCGAGUGAGAUGCAAAGAUCACAUCAAAACCACGAAGAGCAAAGCUACUUGAAACACACACCAAUAAAACUCCAUGACACGACUGACUGACAGUAUGUUGCUUGUUUCGUAUCUUUGCCUUUUCUAUGUCUUGACACUGAUCAAUAGCAAGUGGAGGCUUCUCAUUCAUACAGAGCAAUUAGCUUGAUGAUGCCAUUUCUGCUGAGUUGUAUCGCUCACUUUUUUUCCUCUUCCUCCAACUA